UUUUACCGGUAGCGCACUUUUAUAAUAAUUUGGUCAUACUAAAAAUUGUAGUCGUGUGUGUGUGGCAAAAAUGUAAAUUUUUCAUCACUGUUUAAAUUUUUUUUUUUUGACUUCAAUUUAUGGGUCUGGAGAAUUUGAUUUAUUUAUUUAUCAUUUGUUCUAAAUUUGAUUAAUUGUACAUAGUAUAGUUGGCCGUGUUCUGAAGGAUACUUUGAAGGUCUUCUUAUUUAUUUCAUAUCCAUUUCAAUCAUUAAAAAAAAGUGGUAGGUGUUGCAACAACUGAUCAUCAUCUCAUCUGUGUACAUAUAUAAAAAUAUAAAAAAAGCCCAUUUUGCAUUCUUGUUAAAUAGUUAAUUAUAAUCAUCAAUAUCAUAUAUAAAUCAUACUUCAUCAUGUUGAGAAAUACUGGAAUAAAAAGUACGUCUUUAGCUUCCCAAAUAGUGAAGACAACCUCUUCACCAACUUCAUAUUUACUUCAAGCAAGUCUUAUACGUUCAUUCCAUAUAUCAUCAAGUAAUUUCAAUAGUCCUCCUCAAUCACCAUUAAAGGUUUUCUUUGAUACAUUCAAGAAUGAAGUUAAAAAAUCAAAUGAAUUAAAAGAUAAUAUAAAAGCAUUACAAGAUGAAUCAGGUAGAGUUGCAGAAUCUGAAGCAUUUAAAAAAGCCAAAGAAGCUUAUGAAAAAGCCCAAUUGGGAACUACUGCUGCAGGUAAAGUGAUUCAAAAAUCAGCUGAAGCUGUAGGAGAUGUAGCUGUUAAAGCUUGGGAUUCACCUGUUGGUAAAGGGGUUAGAACUACCGUUAGAGUUAGUGCUGAAGUUGCUGAUAAAGCUUUUGAACCUGUUAGACAAACUCAAGUUUAUAAGGAUGUUUCUAAUGUUAUUGAUGAUGGAUCAUCAACUGCUUAUGGUGGGUUUUUAACUAAAGAACAAAGACAACAAUUAAGACAAAAGGAAAUUGAAGAAAAAUUAAGAAAUGGUACCAAAGGUCCAGUUAGAGAAAAUGAAGAUGCUGGAAGUGCCUUAAUUGCUACUGAACAUAAAUCUACUGGUCCAUCAAUGGGAGAAAAAUGGGAAGAUUAUAAAUUAAAAACUCCAGUUGGUCGUGGUAUUAGUUAUUUACAAGAAAAAUGGGAAGAAUCUGAAAAUGGAUUAAUUUCAGUAAUUAGAACCAUUGUGGAAAAGAUUACCGGAUUUUUCGCUGAAACUGAACAAGCUAAAGUGGUUAAACAAUUUAGAUUAAUGGAUCCAUCCUUCCGUAUUACUACAUUUCAAAAGACUUUAACAAAUUAUAUUGUUCCUGAAGUUUUAGAUGCUUAUAUCAAGAAUGAUGAUAAAGUAUUAAAAGAUUGGUUUAGUGAAGCUCCAUAUAAUGUUUGGCAAGCCAAUAAUAAACAAUUCACUCAACAAGGAUUGUUUUCUGAUGGUAGAAUCUUAGAUAUUAGAGGAGUUGAAGUGGUUACUUGUAAACAAUUACAACCAAAUGAUACUCCUGUUAUUGUGGUCAGUUGUAGAGCUCAAGAAGUUCAUUUAUAUAGAAAAGCCAAAACUGGAGAUAUUGCUGCUGGUACUGAAGAUCAUAUUCAAUUAAGUACUUAUGCUAUGGUAUUUACUCGAAUUCCAGAAGAAUUUGAUAACACUACUACUGAUGGAUGGAAAAUCAUUGAAUUUGCUCGUGGUGGUUCCAGACCUUUCCAUUAGUCUUCCAUAACCCUAAGAACAAUCAAUCAAGUAUAUUACAUUCUAUAUAUAUAUCAUAUCUGUACAUAAUUUAAUCUAAUACUAAUCUAUAGUAAUUAUACUAAUUAUUAAUUUGUAUCCUGUAUAUAAUCUGAUCCGUACACGUCAGUUCAAUUUUGAUUUUUUUGGCUGUUUGAAAAGUGAAAACAGAUUUUUUGAUUUCUGAUGAUAAUCAUUAUUAUUUAACUACUUC